AUUUCAUUUCAUUCCCUCUUUCUCUGCUUUCUCUUGAAAUCCGUGCAAUCUCGUCAUUAGAGAGAGAGAGAGAGUAAAACGCUGGACAAUGUUGCCGUUUCACUCUUCCCUUUCCCAAACUUGAACGCUUUUUUGCGUUUUGUUAGUGGGUUUUUGUUUCUGACAUUGGAAAAAAAAACGCUAAACGACGAAUCAAAGCGCGUUCACUCCUGACAAGUGUAACUGUAUCAGAAUCAUCAACACGAAGAAGAAGAAGAAGAUGAUGAUAGGACCGUGGUGACUAUCACUGUUUCACUAGUUUGUUUUCAUAUCAUCAACACGAAAAUUGGAUCUGAUUCCCAAGCUUCCAAUUCUCACCAAAACUUGAGAUUCCAUUCAGCUACUCACUGAAUCAGUGAAUCUAAGAGAAAAAUCUUCAAAUGGGAAAAUCAACGAGCAAUAACAGGGAUUGGUCUCAGAUGUACGCGAUCUACGGAAUGGAUCAAUGGCAAACCCUAAUUUUUCUCUUGUGUCAAGCCAUUCUCUUCUCUGUGUUAUCCGUUCUCUACCUUCUUUACUUCGGUCCAAUUUGCGUCUUCUUCGAGCGGCUUCUCUCCGUCGCCGCCGUGCCGGCGGGCUCCGCCCGCUUCGCCGCCGGGUUUACGGGUUCUGUCACUGCACUCUCCGCUUUCUGCCUCUUCUUCGCCGCCGCGAACUUCUUCUACUCCGCCGUCCCCCUCCACUACGACAUGGCGCAGCGCAUCGUCUCCGCCGUGCACGACUGGUCCUCCGUGAAGCUCGCCUUAGACCUCGGGUGCUGCGGCCGCGGAAUCCUCCUCAACGCCGUCGCGACUCAGCUGAAGAAGGAGGGUAGCUCCGGCAGGGUCGUCGGCCUUGACCGGAACAAGCGGACCACGCUGUCGACGCUCCGGACGGCGAAGAUGGAGGGCGUCGGCGAGUACGUCACGUGCCGUGAGGGCGACGCGCGUCGGCUUCCGUUCCCGGAUAACUACUUCGACGUGGUGGUGUCCGGCGUGUACGUGCACACGGUGGGGAGGGAGUACGGUCCGCGCACGGCGGAGGCUGCGGCGGAGAGGAUGAGGGCGGUGGCGGAGCUGGUGAGGGUGAUGAAGCCAGGUGCGGUUGGUGUAGUGUGGGACCUUCUGCACGUGCCGGAGUACGUGCUGAGGUUGCAGGAACUGAAGAUGGAAGAUGUUAGAGUCUCUGAGCGUGUAACCGCCUUCAUGGUCAGCAGCCACAUCGUAUCAUUCAGAAAACCUAGUCAGCACGUGCAUGGCCCCGCUGAGGUUCGCUUGGAUUGGAGAUUAUGCUGACGUGGAAAUUCUCAUACUUAAAAAAUAUAUAAUAUAUAUAUAUACUGAGAAAUAUUUUGUCAAAAUGAAAGUGUGUUUUUUUACUUUGACAUAUGAAUAUCUGAUGGUAAAGAAAUGACUGGGGAGGCGAAGUCGAACCAGAUGGAGUUAUGUUAUUUAUGUUAAAAGGAAAAAAAGAAGAAGGAAAAAUGGAUGUAAUAAUAAUAUGAUGAUUUUAUAGAUAGCAAUGACUAUUGUAUAAUAUGUUGAUGAUUUUAUAGAUAGCAAUGAAAUUGU